AUGCCUCAGACGACCACCCAACAGCCCAAGCAACAGCAGCCCAUGGGCGCGCAGGACCAGCGCACCGGCGUUGUGACGCGCCAGCCCGUGUCUGAACCGCGUCCCAAUGCCGAGAGCCAACCCGAGAUGUCGCUUCGCGGUGGGGGUCUGCACUGCGGGUUUGACUGCUGUGACGGAUCGUGCCGAUUCCACAAGAACUGCUGCUGA